CAUUCGGGCUGUGUGUAGCAAAAUGGCCGCCCGACUGAAGUGAGUGUGACGUUUCGCGAGGUGAUUGCAUCGUUUUCAGUGGUUUCUACGAAUAUUCGUUCAUGUGACAUAGUGUUAUUGUGCUUCCUGUGCUUAUCCGCAGGUCUGUUAAGAAAAUCCGAGUAUUCGACAACGUAGAGGGGAUCAUACCCGGAGGAUGGAGAAUCAAUCUGAAGUAUAGGUUCGCAGAGGCCACCGCGGGAGUUGCGAUGCCAACGUAUCAUAAUGCGGGUGGCGGAUACCCGAAUGUGUCAGCGCCAGCGCGGCAAGCGAAGCUCGAUGGCAAUCAAAAUCACCAUACGAUCCCCUCAAACGUAACGUCCCAUCCCCUUAUACAAAAUAGCACGCAACACAACGUUCCUUCCAAUUUGUCUGCAAGCAACAUUCCGUCCCAUCCAGUAUCACCGACGAUGACUACGCAUUCGAACGUCACCUCUCCUAAUAUAACCAGUCACAUGAACACCGGCUCACCACCAGUAAUCCUCACCUCGAACGUCACCAAUCCUGGCAAUCCUGCUGCGUUAUCGGUGAAUCCGAGGCACGAGGUCAAACUCAACGCUAUGCCAUGGUUCCACGGGAAGAUAUCGAGGGAAACUGCCGAACGAUUGUUGCGGCCGCGCGAGGACGGCCUGUUCCUAGUCCGGGAGUCGACGAAUUUCCCCGGUGACUAUACGCUGUGCGUGUGCUAUCAGGGUCGCGUGCAGCACUACCGUGUGAAAUACAAGAACAAUCAAUUGACCAUCGACGACGAGGAGUUCUUUGAGAAUCUGGCCCUGCUGGUCGAGCACUACGAGCAGGAUGCCGACGGGCUGUGCACGCAGCUGACCAAGUCUCUGCCGAAACAGGGGAAACAGGACUUCUGCGUGGACCUGAAGGCGUUCGUCGAGGCCGGCUGGGUCAUACAGACCCACGAGCUCGAGCUGAGGGAGUGCAUCGGGAAAGGGGAGUUCGGUGACGUGUUGUUGGGCGUCUAUCGGGGUGAGAGGGUCGCCGUGAAAAUGCUGAAAGACAACAGCGAAGCGGCGCAGAGGUUUCUGGCGGAGGCAAGCCUCAUGACCUCGCUGAUCCACGACAAUCUCGUGAAAUUGCUCGGUCUUGUUUUCAAUAAUCAACACAUGUACCUGGUUACGGAAUAUAUGAGCAAAGGAUCCCUGGUGGAUUACCUGAGAUCGAGAGGGAGGCUGCACGUUUCCAAGAAGGACCAGAUCAACUUCGCCUACGACACGUGCGCGGGCAUGGCGUAUUUGGAGUCGAGGCACGUAGUGCACAGAGAUCUGGCCGCGAGGAACGUCCUCGUUGCGGAGGACAACUCCGCGAAAGUGUCGGAUUUCGGUUUGGCACGGGACGAAAAUUUUUCUCUCGAGGGCGGCAAGCUGCCCAUCAAAUGGACUGCACCAGAGGCUUUAAAGCAAAAUAAGUUUUCAAAUAAGUCUGAUAUGUGGAGUUUCGGAAUACUCUUGUGGGAAAUCUAUUCCUUUGGCCGUGUACCAUACCCACGAAUCCCAUUAGCGGACGUUGUAAAGUGUGUAGAGAAAGGCUAUAAAAUGGAGCCACCUGACGGUUGUCCGCACGAAGUUUACGAUAUCAUGAGACAAGCAUGGGACUUACAACCCGAAAAACGACCUACUUUCUACGAUAUAAAAUUAGUGCUGGGUCAACUGAAAGCUGAAUACACCAAAGGUGUAAAUUGAAGAAGAGAGGAAGAAUUGCUACUUAUUAUUCGUAGACUAAUGUAGAAAAGACAAAAAAGAAAAAAGAAAAAAAAAAGAAAAAAAAGAAGAAGGAGGAAUUAGCGUUUUCGAGGUUUUUAAAGUCAGAG